UGCCUGUUCCUCGCAAGGCCAAGGUUUUAUCUAUAGGGAUCUAUUUUUUCAGGCCAGCCCAGCUGCAAGCAGGCUGCCUGCGAGUGAUCCCGGGGCAGGGAGAGGAGCAGCAGCAGCAGCCGGGGUGCUGCCUGUGCCUCUCCUCCAGCUCCCCCUGUCAAGAUGGAUUUAUGACUUUAAAAGGAGUCGAGGGGAGGGGGGGGUGGAAGGAAAAUUGCCUUCAGGAGGCAGAGCUUCCACCACAGCCCAGAAAACGCGUCAAGGAGCAGUUGGAUCUCCAGGCAUGGGCAGCACCUUGGGAUCUGGUGGAUCCUUCCACGGAAUAUGAGUGAUCUGAAGCCUUCCAUCUGCCUUCACAGAGCCCAGCUUUUGGAUUUAAGGGAGCUUGCCCAGGACCAGGCUUUGCUAUGUUGGCCACGAUGGUGAUUUCUCUUGCUCUGUGGCUGCAGCUUGCUGCUGGACAGAACACACCUGAGAGAGGUUCCCAGCUGCCCAUCUCCAACUCCCAGGGGGACCUCCUCUUCCUGCUGGACAGCUCGGGCAGUGUCUCCUACUAUGAGUUUUCCAGAGUGAAGGAAUUCAUGUGGGACCUUUUACGACCUUUCAGCUUUGGCCCUAAAGAUGUCCAGACCAGCAUCAUCCACAUCAGCACCACACCCACCAUGGAGUUCCCUUUUGACCGGUACCAGUCCAGCAGAACCCUGCAGCAAGCCAUCCAGGACACUCAGCAGCUGAUGGGUGACACAAACACAGGCAAAGCUCUCUCCUAUGCCAAGGAGAAACUCUUCAGCAAUGAAGCUGGUGCCCGGCCAGGUGUCCCCAAGGUUCUGGUGUGGGUGACUGAUGGUUUCUACACUGAUGACAUCUCUGGGCCCAUGCAGCUGCUGAAGGACAUGGGGGUGACAGUCUUCAUCGUCAGCACUGGGAGAGGGAAUUACCUGGAGCUGUCUGCUGCUGCCAGCCAGCCUCCUGAGAAGCACCUGCACUUUGUGGAUGUGGAUGACCUGACCAUCAUCACAGAGGAGCUACGAGGUGCUAUUCAAGAUGUUAUCCAAGCAAACCGCCUCCAUGCCGUGGAUGUCACCUCCAGCAGCUUCCAUCUGCUGUGGCCCAAGCUCCUCUCCCAAGAAACUGGCUACUACACCCUGGAGUAUGGCCCCGUGGGUGAUCUGGGAAGGAAGAGGACAAAGCAAGUCUCUGGAGCUCACACUGACCUCGUGCUGAGCAACCUUGCACCAGAAACUACUUAUGAGGUGGCACUCGUUCCUGAAUCCAACAUCCACUACUUCCCUCCCCAGACAGCAAGGGUGACCACACUGCCAGAGGAAAUCAGCCCAGCUCAGGUUCUGAUCUCAGAAUCUGGGCCACACAGCUUCCAGGUGAGUUGGGCUCCUACCCCAGAGAGUGUGAUGGGCUACCAGGUCCUGUAUGGACCCCUGCCUGGCAACUCGGUGAAGCUGCUGGAGGUGGAUGGGCAGCAGAAUGGAACCGUGGUGGAGAACCUGGCAGCCAACACCACCUACCUGGUGACAGUGACUGCCAUCUACAGGUCCGGGAAGGAGAAAUCCCUUUCUGCAAAAGCCUGCACGCAGGAGGAGGGCUCCCGAGUCAGGCACCUUCGCUUUGAAGACAUGGGUCCCAGCACCCUGAAAGCCUCCUGGGAUGCUGCUGAUGGCCCUGUCCUUGGUUACAGAGUCAGAUGUCGCCGGCACAUCGGGCCUUCCUCUGUCAUCAGCGUCUCCCCCCAGGUCCACAGCGUGCUGCUGACAGACCUGCCCCCAGGAACCCCCACCCGAGUCUGCGUGGAGCCCGUGUACAGGAAUCAGCCCGGACAAGGGCUCUGCCGCAGGGUGCAGCCACAGCCGGCUACAGAAGCCCUGAGAUACAAACACAACCCGAGAGCAUGACAGACUCUGGAGUGAACUGAUUCCAGGCAGAGAGAGGAAUCUUGCUUGGACAAAGAGGAGGGGACAGGAGAGGAGACCAGAAAGCUCAGAGAUCAUCUCCAGCCUGCUCUGUCCAUGGAGGUGUCCUGGCUGUCAAACCUCAGCCAAGUUCUCAGAAAGCUUCAAGGUUUGGCUUGGCUGGAUCAACCAAUCCAACCGAUAAAUCCCAAAUCUCUACCUUCUUUUCCAUAAAUACUCCUGACGAAUAAGGAACAAACGGCCCAAGGGAUGAACCCUCACUACUGCUUGCUUCCUGCCUGCUCUCUAUUUAUGAAGUGUUGAUGCAGUUUUGUCUCUGCAGCAUGGUCAGUUCUGGGCUGUUCUCCCCUUUCCUUUUGGGCUCCGGUGUGGCCAGUUCCAGCCCUGGUGCCAGCAGCCCCUGGGAUGGACACACAUGGCAGGAGCAGCUUUUCCUCCAACUCACCCAGUGCCCUCCAGAAGGAGCUCAGAGGAGGCAGCCAAAAACUCCAGAGCCUGGGGGAUGGGAGGGGAAAGUGUGAGGAAGAGGAGAAUGAAGAUGUUAAAAAGUCUGAGUGUGGAGAGGAGAUGGGGACAAAGCCCCAGGCUGCCUGGGGGGAGGCUGGUGACCCGGUGACACACAGAUCCCAGAUGGAAUCUGGUUUUUCCUGGUGUGGGCUCAGCCUGGCUGCAGGUUGCAGGGCUGUGAGGAGGUGUGCUGGCUGUUCUGGUGCUGUCAGAGGGCACAGCUUCCCUCAGCAUCGCUCUGUCUGCAAUGCACUGGUGACUUGUGGGACCCCACAGCCCCUCCAUCACCUCUGGCACUUCCUAAAGGUGCUGGGAGGGACUUGGUCCCCGAGUUUGUCACUCGUGGAGUGUUUGGGAGAGGAGGGAGGGGAGUUGUGCAUUAACGAGUCAUUCAUUAACGAGUCCUUCAUUAACGAGUCCUUCAUUAACGUGGUAAGAAGGUUUCCCGUGAUUGGUGCCCUUUGUCAUGAGCUUUUAUCCCUCAUCUUGUUGGGGACUGUGCUGAGGGGCAGGUCAAGCCCCUGGACUCCCCCCUGCCAUAAGAUCCUCCCGUUUGUUCCCUGCUCUAGGGCAGCAAUUAAUUUUUGCACAGCUCCCUGCAGAGGUCACUAACUCAUUAACCUGUCACCACCGUGUCCCCCGGUUGGAACGUGUCCCUUUGAUGACCAUUAAAUAUCCAAG